UCGGUGACACAGACUUCUGUGAGAGCAUACUACCUCCACCACAAUACAACUACAGCACCGUUAUUACACUACACCACCAUACCACUACAAUUCUUCACUCUUUACAUUCCUAUACAGCUGUACCUCCAUUCUAACAUUGCUAUAUUCACAACCACCGCUACCACCACACAUCACCACAGCACCCCUAUGACGAUUCUGAUGGGUAUCAAAAUGUUGGCGUUUCGGAAAAGCCAGCAUUCCUUAAAACAUUUCAGUACCAUCUACACAGUGAAAUCUUCUGGAUUUGAUUCCACCUUACAAAGUUUGGAUAAUUUAAAACUACACAGCAAAACUGUAGAUUCAGGAACUUUUCACAAGUUAUGUUCAAAUUUUUCAAAUACUCAGGAGUUUAUUGAUUUUAUCAGUAAACUCCAUUUAGCCGCCCUGACCUCACUGAAGGAGGAAAUAAUAGAUGUCUCAAACCGUCUCCAACAUGUCACGGGGGAGAAGAACAUGCUGGAAAAGCAGAUUAACAAAGCUCAGACUGAUAAAUUACGUAUACAACGAGACUAUGAAGAUAAAGUGGAGAAAAUCACAUCUCGCUACGAGGAGAGGAUCACAGAACUUCAUAGCGUCAUCGCUGAGCUACGCAAGAAAAUUGAUAGACACAACAUAAAUAUUAUAAGAGAAGAAGAUGAAUAUGAAGACCAGUCAGAUGCUGGGCAAAGUGCCAAAAGCAAUGAUGACUUGGGUAGUGUUAAUGAUGUCAUUAGUCUAAAUGAGAAUAAUGCUAAUGAGUCACUGGCAGCAAGCAUAGCUGCAGAUAUCGGGCCAGAAAUAAAUGCCGACUACACACAUGGCUUGGUUCACGGGCUGCCCUCACUCAGCCGGAAAAACCUUACAGCAGUCACACGGUUGGCUGCUGCGGCCGACACUGGCACCUCCAGUGAUGGUGACACUGGUGGUGGUGAUGGUGGGGGUGUCGGCACCGGUAUGGUUAAAGCAAUAAACAGAAGGGAUGCUGACAGGGAGAACGACAAUGAUGGUGAAGAUGAUGACAACGAUGAUGGCGAUGUUGAAGGUGAUGAUGAUGAUCAUCAUCCUCAUCAUCAUGACGAAGACUACGACGAUGAGGACGACGAUGAUGAUGAUGAUGAUGUAAUGGUAGUAGACAAGAGAAAUGUGAAAAUGACAAAAAGUCGUAGCAUGGCCCCGCACAUGGAUAGCUUUGAAGAUAAUGUAAUGCAGAUUUGUAAGAAAGUGAAGGAGUUUAGCUUUGAUUCAGCGAAGAACAUGAGUCGGAAGUUGAAGCCGACCUUCCACCCACCUCCACCACCACCCUCUAACGACCUACCUCCAACCUCUGACCUUCAGGACGAACUCAACAACGUACGACAACAUAACAACACCCUCACAGAGCAGGUUGGACGACAGGAGGUUGAGCUGAACACAAUGAAGGUUCACAUGUGUACCAUGAGGGAUGAUAGGGACCGGUUCAAGAAGAAGGUGCGAGAAUUACAAUCACAAUUACAGUAUUUUGAAAGCUCAGUUCAUUCAGAUAGCCGGACAUCCACUCCUAUCAAGUCCCCAGUGAUAAGCCCAACUGCUGGAAAGCGAGCUUUGGCAACCAAUGAACAAUUCCCUGUGGCUAAGAUUGCUGAACUAAAGAAAUUAAAAACAUGUGCGAAUGAUAAGCAGCAGCUACCAAAUGCCAAAGUGGCAGAGCACCUAGUGCAGAGUCUGCAGGAAUGUUCCAGUAUGCAGGAAAUAGUGCAGACAGUCUACAAAUGUGGGAAUGAGAUCUCCGAAAGCAAGAUCCGUGAAUUUGAGAUUGAAUUUGAACGCCUGAAUAGCAAAAUUGACCACUGGAAAUCUCAGUAUGGACUGUUGGCAUUAAACCUGGAGGAAAGCAAGACCCUCACAGACCGACUAAGUGUGCUCAUUGGCAAGUACGAGUCGAACAACACAGCGCUCCAGCUGGCCAUCAACUACUCUGAUCAGGCAAUUGAGGCAUGUGAGGUGUUGUGUGCUGUUAUGGAGAGUGAACAUGGUUUCAAUCUGGCUAACUUUCACGCCAGUGGUCUUAGUGGAUUCGCAGGUGAACCGGCAUCAGAGAAGGAGCAACAACAUGCUGCACACCUUCUUCAGAAGGCAUACCAAGCCCGACAGACAGCGGUGAGCAUGGCUAAGCAAUUACUGCAGAAACUGGACCGCAGUUGCGGUAUCAACACUCCCCAGAACUGUUCACCUCGGCCGUGGGAUGAUAUGUCAACAAGCCACACUGUCAGCACAACAACAGGUUCAGAUGGAAGUGCCGCUGCUGCUGCUGUUGUAUGUGAUGAAGUAGAUUUCAGCAAAUCAGAUGAGCUGCGACUACGAGAAUAUAUCCAGCAAUUGAAGAACGACCGUGCUUCGGUGAAGAUGACCGUCAUGGAACUUGAGAGUGUCCAUGUGGACCGGGCUUCAGACUCCGGCCCUGCACCGAGCAUCGACACCCAGAGUUUGGAUCUGGAGAAUGCAGUACUCAUGCAGGAGUUAAUGGCCAUGAAGGAAGAAAAGGCUGAACUUAAAUCUCAAAACUACCUACUAGAGAAGGAGAAAAAGGCCUUAGAUCUUCGGAUGAGUGACAAGGAGUCCCAGGGUCAGGCCUAUCGUCUCCAGAUUGACCAUUUGAACAAUGAAAUCAAGGAACUACAGCAUCAACUCAAAGAACGACACAGUUCCAAACAUGCACAGGAUGUUGAUAAUGCUGACAGUGGCAAUGUAAGUAUAGACGGUCAUGCCAAUGAGAUUAGUGAGGCCCAGAGACGGGAGAAGAAGCUGAAAGGUAGAAUACAGGAGUUGAUGAUUACUUUGGAGAAACUCUCACGAAACUCAGAGAUUCGACAGCAACAAUCAACGGAAUUUGUGAAUGACUUGAAGCGUGCCAAUUGUGCCUUGAUAUCAGCUUUUGAAAAAGCCAAGAAAAAAUACCAGAGCCGCUUGAAAAAGAUGGAAACUCAGAUGCAAGAGAUGAAGAAACAGUAUGAAAAACAAUUGCGUCAGAAUGAGAAUCGGCCAGCAUUGCCAGAUGACAAGACCCACGCUGCUGCCUCUACAAAUGAGACAUCCCUAUAGCAACACACCACACCCCCACUCCCAAUCCCUUCUCCUCCUCCUCCUCCUCCUCCUACUACUACUACUCCCUUUUGAAUUCCAUGGCAGCCCAUCCUAUCUCCACCAUUAUCACUAGCACACUCACCACCACCACCACCAACACCACCUUUAUUUAUUUCAAACCACUUUUUACAACUUACUACUCACCCCACGCCCUUUACACCCAUUCAAUGCAUAUUUCAGGCUUGUUAUAUAUAUAUAUAUGUGUGUGUCUGUGUGUAUAUAUAUAUAUUAAUCACGUGACCAUCACGUGACCGACCAGUC